UUAGGAUCCGUAUGGGCUCAUCUGUAAGUAGGUUUUAUUUAGCCGGAUGGCUAAUUGGUAGGAUACAAGCAUGCCUGACGUGUCCAGACACAAUCAGCAAUGACAAAGCAUUUUUCCUGCUUUGAAAUGUUUACCCCAAUUACUCUGACCCAACUUCAAUUCUCAAAUAUCCACCUAAUGGGGUUGCAGCAGUAGGAAGAAAAACUAGAACGUUCUAUUGAAGUUAGUGGUUUUGAGGCAAAAAACAAAACGACAAAACCCCACCUUUUGCCCUGAAUGUUCUUUCAAAGUACUGAGAAAAGAUUCGCCAGGGAGAUGUCUGCCAGCAAGUGGGAUGAAGACGGUGGGACCAGUGCGCCAGUAAGUCAAGCAAGUAAAGAAACUUUCUAUAAGCAACAAAGUAAAGACAGAUCCUGGGACUAUUCACAAGUGAUGAAGAAACCAAAGCAGAACCAACUUUCUGCCGUAACUGACUCCGAAAUGGCUUUGGUCAAUGCCUACCUUGAACAUAGACGAGCUAGGCGCCAUUCCCAGUUCCACCGGAAGAAUCAGAUCCAGCAAGACAGCGAUAGCACUGAGCACGAAAAUGAGGAGUCCAACUCUGGAGCGUCCUCGUGGAAGGAGAGCGAAAGUGGACAGCCUCCGUCGCCCGCCAGUAUCAAGAGGAGAAAAUCAGUGUUGAGGCCAAGGGAUCUGGAAAAUUACCAAGUCAGAGAAAGGCCCUGCCUCCACUGCAAGGCCAUGAGAACCAAAGAAUGGUUGUCGCGUCACUUCCCUGAAAGUACUUCGGGAACAACCCCCGUGAUGGAAGAGAUUCAACAGGAGAGCCUGACACCUGGCCUCAACACAACAUUAAGUAAAGUUUGAAUUUUGGCAUCCUUACCUUACUUGAAAUCUAAAG